UCGGCCGCUGGCCUCUGAAAUGGGCACAAAUCAGCAGCCCUGAUUUCACCAUUGAUUUAUUAUAUGGAGUCGCCGAAAGCCUGAAGCGUGAAGACGGGCCACACGAUGACAUGCGGGGGUAAAGUGAUGGAAGAGGUCAGCGGGCAGUUCUCAGAGCUGAUUCCAGUGGUGCUGCCUGUGUGGCUGUCAGGCCUUGCCACAUCCACUGCUCACUAACAUCGCCUAUACCGAGUCUGGACCGCCAUGAAGCCAGCCCACGAGCGCAACCAGGAGUGCCUCCCUCCAAAGAAGCGGGACCUUCCAGUCAACAAUGCCGCCACCGCCACACCCAACAACAACAACAACAGUAGCAGCAGCAGCAGUAGUGCAGGAGGCAGUGGGGUUGGAGGAGGAGGAGGAGGAGGAGGUGGUGGCGGUGGAGGAGAGGAAACCCCGUCCUCGCAAAGCUCUGGAUCUAGUGGAGAACCCCAGGGUGGUGGAGGGAGUGGUGAGUGGGUGCGGACUCACCCUAGUCUGCCCUAUGGCGCUGAGGGGCCAGACAGCCUAGCCGGGCUACCGGUGGAUCAGUACAGCAUGCUCUACAAAGUAGCUCUCCCUUCUGUCAGCUACUCUCCAACCAGCCUACACCCUGUGCACAUUUCUCCUGCCUACACGGUUCCACCCCCACUCCUGCAGCACCCCGGCAUCCCCUACUCUCCUCUCGGGUACACACAGAUCCCUCACUCCUCCUUACAGUUUGUUAGUUCCCAUUACGCUGCCGCUGUUCCUUACGCGGUGCCACCGGGGUUUGUUCCCAGCCCCUUGAUAUCACCACAGUCUGCACUUCCCCAGCCACACCCAGUCUCCCACCUUGUCCCUUAUCCGUCAGUCAUUCAAGAAGGCAUGGUCUCAUCACCCCCCCAGCAGCAGGUGUCGACCCAUGCAUACGCUAAAGUGGCAGCGCCCGGAGGCGUCCCAAUGGUGCUGUCCUCCGAGCAGGCUGCAGCUCAGCAGCAGCUCAGCGCAGUAGGGAUGUUGCCGGCGGCGGAGCUCAGUCCGAGGGGAGUGCCCGUCUUCUUUCACCCUUCUGGCAGUGCCAGGUCUGUCCAACCUCAGAGGGAGGAGCAAGAGAGGGAGGUGAAUGGAGGGGAGAGGGAACAUGGAGGCAGGGAGCCGCACCAAGACACGGUUUACGCUGUCAGGAACGCACGGCCGCAUCAAGCAGCGCCCGGAGCAGCUGCACUGGAGCCCCAGCAGGACAGGAGCCUGAAGAUCUUCAGGCAUGAGGGAAGAGCUUCGCCUGGUCAGCGCAGCACACCAGACACGGACCUAGAGGUGCAGCAGGUAGUUGGGCGGUUAGCCUCACCGGUCCAUGGGAGUCGUAGGGAGACCAUGCAUGGCCUGUCCCAGAAUUCACAGAGGAACAGAGAAGUUCAGGGGGAGGGCACGACUGUGUAUGCCCCACACCCUGCUGUCCAGCAAGACCCUAGAGCCCCACCUCAUCAGCAACAGACAGUACAGCCUGGCCAUGCUGUGAUCUUGGCAAACGGGCAGCCGGUUCUUGUGCCCCUGGAUUAUCAUCACCAUCAGCAGCAACAGCUGCAGCAGCAGCAGCCGCAGCCGCAGCACUACCCAGGGCAGCCUAAUGAUGCCGCAGCCACUGCGGCCUCUCCUCUGUCGCACCACAAAGCCUCAGAUGCUGCAGCCACGGUGGGCCUGCCGGAGCGGCAGGUGGUGGAACUGCCUACCCAGCAGCCUGCAGUCAGUGCAGUGACCCAGACUCUCCCACCACCACCACCCGUUGCGCCCACCGGCCCCUCACACUUCAUGAAGGGGGCUAUCAUUCAGCUGGCUACGGGGGAGCUGAAACGUGUGGAGGACCUGCAGACUCAGGACUUUGUUCGUAGCGCUGAGAUGAGCGGAGGACUGAAGAUCGACUCGAGCAUGGUGGUGGACAUCCGAGCCAGCCAGCAGCGACCAGGCCUUGUGUCGCUGCACUUCACGGUUGGAGAGCAGCAGAGCAAAGUGACCAUUGACGUGCCCCCGGAACACCCUUUCUUCGUCUUCGGCCAGGGCUGGUCGUCCUGCAGCCCUGAACGGACAGCCCAGCUCUACGGCCUCACCUGCCACCAUCUGCAAGUGGGUGACGUUUGCGUGUCCAUCACUCUGCAGCAGCAGCCUGCACCCCAGCAGAAGCCACCGCCGCCGUCGCAGCAGCAGCAGCCAAUACAUGCUAGGACUUCCACCAAAGCCAACUCCACAUCAGGGGCCUCCUCCUCGCAGCCCAUGGGGCCUCCGGCUCCUCAGCAUAUCCGGCCUCAGAGCCAGUUCAAGAUGGAGCGCAUCCAGAGGGAAAAGGACAGAGAGAGGGCGGACAAGGAGGAGCCCAUGACAGUUGGGGCUUUGGGACACAGCAACAUUCACCCCAGGCCGAACAGGACUUCGGUGGAGCACACGCGAAGCCAGAGCAGUUACUAUUUGCACACCGAGGGGCAGCACGCCCGGGCUGGGGUGGCACUGGCCGCCUCUUCGGCGGGGGCAUCCCAGAGGCGCUGGUCUGCCCCCGGCUUCCAAAGAUACGCCAUCAAGAGCGAGGAGGGGGGCCGAGCCCCGGCCGCCGCCCCAGGCUCCGCUCGUCCCUCUUUCAUCCCUCAGGAGGUCAAACUGUCCAUCGAGGGGCGCUCCAAUGCCGGGAAGUAGCAACAGCCGUGGCAAGAGACACAAUAGCGAGAGGUUUUUGGCGGGAGGAAAGUGUCAAAUAAUGGGAAGAUGAGAAAGAAGGAACAGGAGAGAGAAUGUAGCCUCAGAAUGUUUUGAGAUUUUGCACACAUCAGAAGAUUACAUCCCUUUUUCUUUUUUCUUAGUUGUUCCAGGCUUGAGGGAGAGCACUUGGUCUAGUUAGUGCCAGUUCACUGCCAUCAGUAGCGAUGGCGAGACCGAACAUCUGCACUGGCUGCUUUAGCUGGUAAAUCAUCUACCAAAGCCUUCACAGUCUGCGUUCCUAUUUUGCGGAUAAAAUAUCGUUACGUUCGGCAGCGAUCACUUUCACAGAGAUGUCUCGCGGCUCUUUGAAUAAAUGUUUAUUGAAGGAAGGUUUGUGGAGUAAGAAUGGGAUGCAGCCAUAGGAUCUUUGCAAUCCUGCCUGUUUUUUAUCCCAUAUAUAUAUAUAUAUAUAUAUAUACAUAUACAUAUAUAAAUAGAGAUAUAUAGAUAUAUAUUAAAAAGAUCUCCUACUUGAUAGAUUGUUUGGACACCUGAAGGCUCUCUCUCAUCUUGACAAAUUCCCCUGUUGCUUUACUGAGCUCUUGCUUUGACUGAGACUUCAAAAAUGUCUUAAAUUUUUUUUUUUUGUUUUUUGUAUCUCUUUUCACGAGGCACGUCGUUCUCACGUGACUACGCUUUGGCCCCUGUCCCUGAAUCUUAUCAGGGCGGCUCUGCUGAAGGGGGUGUCGUUAUUAGUUUGAGAGCGAUUGCCUGAUGUCGCUUCCUCAAUCAACCAACCAACCAACAAUCAAUAUCUAGGAACGGCCGAAAGAUUAGAUAUGGGCCCAGUUGUAUCACAGUCACGUUUACACUGUCCACAGUAUCAUGCUCUACCUGUGCCACGUUUUUUUGUGUGUGCGAGUGUGUGUUGCGUGUAUGUGUUUGUUUUUUGUUAAAUUAGUAUUAAGUUUUCAAUCAGCAUUCCAGUUUCACGUUGACUUCCCGGCAUCAGUGAGUAGAAAACGUUUGUUCCCCCACAGCGACCUGCCUAAGAAAACCGCCUCUCUAUAGUACCUCACGGCCAGAAGUUCCUCAGUCUGGCCGUUGACUGUUGAUCAUUUUGUCAUAUCUUUGUCCUGGAGACAAUGUCUGGUGUCCACCAAAGUCAUCACCACUAUCCAAGCUAAGACCAAACGUGGUGCAGGUUCUGGCUGCUGGCGACUGGCCUAUUCUUGUGGAACCGCAGUGGUCACUAUGAGCGUGCAGGAGCACUCCCCAUGGAAAGCCCUCAGCCAGUAGUAAGGAAUCCCCACCGUUGGGUUCAGGCAAACCCUGCUCAGUAACCAAAAUCGAAGCAAUAGUCCUGGCUUGUUUGUAUUUCCCAUGUUACAGAUUUAAUGUUACAGAUUUAAUGUAUACAACAGCUGCAGUCUGUAUGAAGAACCUUGACUCAGACCUUCCCUGCUCGUUCCAUACUGAUGCACCAUGUUAUUUUUACUGUCUUGAGUUCUGUAUUUUUUUUCUAACCAAUAUUUUAACAGUUACUAUGUAGGUUUUCAGUCUCGUAGGUCAUGUAGUUGACCUUUCGAAGCGGCGCGUUUGUUUUCAUAAGAUGGAUCUCGGUGGUGAUACGGACGUCCGUUUUCACCGCUGGUGUUGUAGAUCCCAGUUAUCUAAGCACACCUCCUAGAGAGGCUUGAUUUCACUUCUGUGCAGGGGUUUUAGUCCUCUUUUCCUUGCUUUUUCUAAUACUUUUGUACAGUGUAGGUUUCUUUCUCUGUCCUUGGCAAUAUUACUCUUGAGUGAUUUUCUCAGAACUGUCUUGUAAUUGCACAUAAAGAAGUUCAUAGUUGAUUCACACUGACCUUUUAAUUGGAAUCAGAUAUUUACGUUAGUUUUUUUUAAUGAAGGGAAAACUUUGUGUAGUUUCAA